CGGGCAGGGUGUCAUUUUUGCGAUGCUCGCUUCUCUUCCCUUCGUUCCUAGUCCCCCUUCCCCUCCCAAAACCCUAACCCUAACGACUAGGCGGUCUCUCAUCUCCUGGGCCACCGCUCUCGUCUCCUCCUCCUCCUCCUCCUCCUCCUCUCUCCUCCCUUCAUCGGCGGCGUCACCGCCUCUUCCACCUCGCGCCGCGGGUUUCUUCGAGAUCCCGGCCUCCGGUGGGGUCAAGGCUCUGGACCUCCGCGUCGGAGCUGGAGAAACCCCUGUUGACGGCGAUCAGGUUGCAAUUCAUUACUAUGGAAGGUUGGCUGCAAAACAAGGAUGGCGGUUUGACUCCACUUAUGAUCACAAGGAUGAGAUAGGGGAUCCUGUUCCCUUUCUAUUCAUUGUUGGAUCUGGAAAAGUUAUUUCAGGCAUCCAAGCUGCAGUGAAGUCAAUGAAAGUAGGAGGUAUCCGCCGUGUCAUUAUCCCCCCAUCACAAGGGUAUCAGAACCCAUCCCAGGAACCCGUGCCACCUAAUUUUUUUGAUCGGCAGAGGCUGUUUACCACCAUUUUUAAUCCGACUCGUCUUUCCAAUAGAGAAGGCUCUACCCUUGGCACUCUUAUCUUUGAUAUUGAGCUUGUGAGCAUAAGGCAUCCAUGAAGGCAGCUAUCUAGUGCUUAUGCUUGCCUUGCCAAAGAGAAGAUGCAUCGAUCUUGUUGAAGGAAGAUAGAUUCAAUACACGCAUCAUAUGUUCAUAUAUGGAGGUUCAAUAUACUGGUGGUGGAAGUGCUCUUGGAUAUCAGCUUGUAAUGUUGGGUUAUCUUUGGUUAUUGAUGAAAAUUGAUGAAAUUGCAAACGGGCAAUGAAGCAAUUCUUACUUAGUUGUAUCAAAUUUUGAAGCGAGAUAUUCACAAUACUAACGCCGCGUACCUUAUGAUUGGUGGACUUAUUGGUUCAUCUGCAGGCGGAACUGUUAAUUACUUAACCAUCAUUUUUGUCAUCUUA